AUGGCCAGCCAAAUACCAAAAGAGCAUAUCCGGCAUUGUAUGCUUUUUGAGUUUCGCAAGGGUAGUAACGCAACAGUUCCAAUCAAAAACAUUUGCGAUGUUUAUCCAAGUACAUUAGACGCUCAUAAAUGCCAAAGAUGGUUCUCUAAAUUUAGAUCCGGUAAUUUUUAUCUCUCUGACUCGAUCUAUCGAUCAGGAAGACCAACAACAUUAGACAACGACAUGCUAAGGGCAGAAGUGGAAGCAAAUCCAUCGUCCUCCUUUGUUCACAUGACACGCCCAGCGAAGGUCCGAAAGGCCGCCCAUUCUUUCGGAGCAGUCAGGGAGAUCCUGACUAUCCCGGGAAGGAUUAGCUGCCCUCGUUUCGAUCAACUCGUUCCUGGCAUCCGUCCACGCCGGGCAGUCGAUCAGGAUGUGCUCUGCCAACCGUUUUUUGAUCGUUUGAUCACUGAAAACGAAAAAUGGGUCCUAUAUGAUAAUUCAAAACGCAAAAGGAAGUGGCUCUCUCCAAAUGAAUCACCACGAAGUACUGCGAAGCCGGGUUUACAUCCCAAAAAGGCGCUUGUGUGUGUUUGGUGGAGUAUACGCGGAAUUGUUCAUUUUGAAAUGCUGAAACCUGGACAAACUGUUAAUGCAGAUCUUUAUUGUGAACAAUUGGAUCGAGUGAACUAA